GGACCAACGUACUGAAUUUUCGGGUCCUCAUAGACAAGCCCAUCAUCAGUUCAUGUAGUAAUGAUUUUGCUGCCAAGGGCCCACUUAACUCGUGACAAGGACGCGCCACCUCUGCGGGUUGGUUCAAUAUCUAGGCGACAUAAACGAGGUUAAAACUCUUGUCUCCCGUAAUCUUAACUGUUGAUUCUCAACCCACGCAUUACCCUCAGCCGCUGGAUCAAUACGUUACUGAAACGCUCCAAAUAAACGCGUGAACUUAUCACCCAACUCAUCAACCGUGCGUUGACGGUAUAAGUAAAUGGAAGAGUGAGGAUUGAGCAGGCAAAUCUCACUUUUUAAGGGUUUGAAUUGUGUGAAUUGUAUGUGUUUAUGGCAUCUAUGAAUGGUGAGAGUGAAGAACCAAGCAAGGUUUAUCAAAGGAAGUCAUUUAAGAAGAAUGUGAGUUUGCAAAAAGAAAGUGAUGAGUUGGGUGGGAGUGAUUUGAUGAAAAGGCAGAAGCUUUGUGAUGAUGGAGGUGGCAAGUUUGGGUUUUUUGGGGAGGCAAAUCGUGUUACGAUAAGUUUGGCUUUGAAGAGUAAGAAGGAGGUGAGGGAGUGUAGGAGGAAAUUACAAGGUGAGCUCAAUUUGGUUAGGAAUUGGAUGAGUAAAAUUGAGGGGAAAGAGAGUGAGGGGGUGGAUGUUGGUGGUUUGGGUCCGAGUGAGAUGAAGAUGGAGAAGAAGCGUGUGCGUCCGGAGGUGGAGAGUAGGCCAUUGAAUCAGUUGAGUGUUUCUGUGGUGGAGAAUAGUCAGGGUGGGAUUGAGAGUUUGGGAAAAGAGAAAGAUGAGGUGGAUGUUGAUGAUUCUGGUGUGGGUGGGGUGAAAAGGAAGCGUGUUCAUCCAGAGGUAGAGAGUAGGCCGUUGAAUCAGUUGAGUGUAUCUGUGGUGGAGUAUAGUGAGGGUGGGAUUGAGAAUGUGGGGAAAGAGAAGAGAACUCUGAAGGCAAAUCAGUUUUAUCGGAACAGUGAGUUUCUUCUAGGUAAAGAUAAGAUUCCGUCGGUGGAUAAGAAGUCCAAGGUUAGUGGGAAGAAACAAGGUGGGGGCGGUAAAGAUAAUAUUUUGUCGGUGGCUAAGAAGUCGGAAGGGAGUGGGAAGAAGCAAUUUGGGGGUGAUAAAAAUAACAUCCCGUCAGUAACUAAGAUGUCGAAAGAGAGUGGGAAGAAACAAGGUGGGGGUGAUGAGGGGUCUGGAUUGAGAGAUGUUAAGAGUCGGGUUCUUCAGACUUGUAAAGGAUUGCUUCAGAAGUUGAUGAACCAUAAACAUGGGUGGGUGUUUAAUGUACCUGUUGAUGCGGAAGCUCUUGGUCUGCAUGAUUAUUUUGACAUUAUUAAAACGCCGAUGGAUUUGGGUACUGUGAAGUCCAGGAUUAACAACAACUUUUACCAAUCGCCCAUGGAAUUUAUGGUGGACGUUCGACUCACGUUUCAGAAUGCUAUGACCUAUAAUCCUAAAGGGCAGGAUGUUUAUGUCAUGGCUGAGCAACUGUUACAGUUAUUCGAGGGAAAAUGGGCUGUUAUCGAGGCUAAUUAUGAGCGACAGUUGCAGCUUGUUGUGGAACGUGAAGCUACUUUAACUACACCUACACCUACACCUACACCUAAGAAGGCUGAUACGCCACAACAGCCACCAGUUGAAACAGAAAGGUCUAUGGAGAAGUCAGGAUCCUUUACUCCCUCCGAUCUCAACACAAAACUGGUGAAUCUUGGUCAUCGAAGAAGGCCUGCUGCUCCAAAGAAGCCUAAGGCUAGAGAUCCCAAUAAAAGGGAAAUGACUUAUGAAGAGAAACAGGAACUCAGCUCAAAUUUGCAAAGUCUACCAGCUGAGAAGCUAGAGAGUGUGGUCGAUAUCAUUAAGAAGAGGAACCCGUCUCUUUGUCAACAUGAUGAUGAGAUAGAAGUGGAUAUUGAUGGUUUUGAUGCUGAAACACUCUGGGACCUGGACCGAUUUUUCAUCAACUACAAAAAGCAUUUGAGCAAAAACAAAAAAAAUGCUGAACUUGCUACCAAAGCAAAGCCUGCUGAAGGGCGGAGUGACCACAAGAAGAUUCCAUCCCCAGUCGUGGACCUUGUGGAGGAAUCUGCAAAAGAAACCAAGAAAGAUAAAGAGGCUAAUCAGACCAAAAGCAGAAGUGAAGCAAGUAAAUCAAGCGGCUCUGGCAGUAAUUCUUCCUCAACUUCUACUGACUCUGGUAGCAGCCAUUCAUCUGGGUAGGAUCUGAUGAAGAGCUAACACCUAGGACUUACAUGCACUUGUUUCAGGUCUUAAAAAAAUAUAUGAUAGAUCACAUCAGAAGUUAGAAUAGUCCUGGGAAGCUAUGAUUUGGGUCUUGGCAGAAGUUAGAAUAGGCCUGUGAGAUGGUUGUGCAUUUUCAUGUGUUGUGAGAAAGGAAUGUUGUAACUUCUGUAGCCGGGCACAAAGUGAAAAUAGUUUCUAUUGGUCAUGUGUCUUCUUUUAUCUCCCGAAGAACAGCUUUUGUGACUGUAGAUUUGCACAAAAAAUAGUUUCAUUGGUUUUGUGUCUUUCUUUAUCCAAAGAUAACAGCUUUUGUACUUGUAGAUUUGUAGAUUUGCGUGUUACCGCUAGAUUAUGGUAAUUAAAUUUGGUGGAUUUGGUAGUUUAAACCCUGUAAUUUGCUAUCUGCCGUCAGUUGAUGAAAUAGUUUUUUCGUGCUGGGGGACAGCUAAUUCUGGCCGUAUGCACAUCCUUCCUAAUUA